GACAUCAAAUUCCAUUCAUAACGCGAGACAAUCAAAAUGUUUGCCGCCACCAGGGACUAUUAGAAAGUUAUCGUUAGCAAUGUAUUAUAUGGUCCUUCCCUGCAUGUUAAACCAGUUCAGAACCUGUCUGGGGAUCUAGACAUUACGUACCUGUGCAACAGGCAACAGACAGCCAAGUUAACUGAUGAUGCUUAGACUUGUUUACGUUUCCUAGCUAACAGCUAACUAUGCAACGUUAGAUGGUCCGUGUGGCAAUUUUACGUGGGUUCUAAGUCGAGAUUCUUUCCAAACAAUGGACGACAAAGAAAUUACAUCGCUUAAAAUCGAGAAAGCGAAGGCAUUUUGGGGAAAUGUGGAUGUGGACCAUGUGUUUGAGAUGUUACUACAACAUCUGGCCGGACUAAGAGAGUCAAUCAAGACGAACACCGCAUCAGACAAAGAGUAUCUUCAGGGCCUGAACUUACUCCAGGACUGUGAGAUGACUGAAGCUUGGAACUUGAAGAAUUAUGCCAUUGAACAAGUGGUCAUCGGCGAAGAUUACUUAAAGUCUGAUUUGGGCUGUUUACAACUGUCAUUCAAGGAAGAGCAGUUGUCAGUGGGAUUGCUGGAGGGUAUGGUUACUGACCCACAUAUAAGUUAUGAGGACAGCCAGGAGUUUGAGCUGGCGAGCUACCAGCCCCUUAAGGAGCCGGUCACUCCGCUGUCGCCGCCCGACAUCUUUGACGUGAUGCUGCUGUCGCCGCCGCCGUACAGCGCCGAGAGCGCCCUGGGGCCGCUGUGCUCUCCGCACCCCGCCUUCCUGCCCCACGACUGCAGCGUAGCCUGCGUGGUCGUCCUGCCCUCCCACCCGGAUCACUUCCUGGGUCACAACCCCCUGCGGGCGCCGCUGCUGUGCCAGUUCCGACGCCAGUGCGCCGGCAUGACGCGCUUCUCCAGCACAGAGCUCGUGCCCACGCAGAUCACCCACGACGACGAGGAGGCGGGGGAGGGCGAGGAGGUGGUGUACAGCGCGCCAUGCGGGCGCGAGCUGCGCAGCUUCGAGGAGGUGCUGGAGUACCUACGGCAGACUCAGGUGUUCGGCGUGCUCCAGCCGUGGAACUUCAGCUUCCACGCGGCCGUGCGGCCCGAGCGGCUGCCCGUGACGGCGGCGACGCUCUGCAAGCGGGACUUGAGUCGGGGCGUCGAGUCCGUCGCCGUGCAGCUGUGCAACGAGGUGGACUCCUCGCAGCCUGCCGAGUUCCGGUACCGGAGAGAGCGCUGGCCUCACGGCUGCUUCCUCAGCGCGGGCGAGCUCUUCUCGGCGUGCUGCGACUGCACCGACGGCUGCGUGGACGUCCGCAGCUGCGCGUGUCUGCAGCUCUCACAGAAGGCCGCUGAUGAGCCGGCGCAGUUCUACACACACCAGAGGCUGCAGCAGCCUGUUCCCACAGGGCUCUAUGAGUGCAGUCCGUGGUGUGGGUGUGAUCCGUACAGCUGUCUGAACCGCGUGGUCCAGCACGGCGUUCGGGUUCGUCUGCAGGUGUUCCGCACACCUGACCGGGGGUGGGGAGUUCGCUGCCGUGACGACCUUGAUGUCGGGACCUUUGUUUGCACGUACGCAGGUGUGGUUCUUAGAACAGAGCAGAAUUCCAAGGAGUCGCCUGUUCUGAAGUCUACUCGGGAGGAGGCGUUCUCAGAUGACGAGGUGGAGGUGGUCGAAGAAUGGACUCUUCCGCCAUUACAGCCGCCCGGGUCGUCUGCGGCGGCUGCAACAGAUCCUUGCUCCCCCUCCCACAUCCCCGUCAUCCAGGGGCCCGCAGACCACCCAGCUCUGCCAGCAGAGGGCGAUAAAGACACUGUCCAGACAGAGGGUCAAGAGAGUCUCGUGCCGGCUGGGAAAGGAGCUCAAACGACGGAGGAGGAGGAGAUGGAGAUGGGAGGAGAACCCCAGCGGGAGGAGAAGGAGGAGGUGAAGAAGGAGGAGGUGAAGAAGGAGGAGAAGACGAAGAAACUCCAACUGAGGACGGGCUCUCACGAGGACGUGCGGAAAUACACCUGCUCCAAGCAGAACUACUACCUGGACGCUACAAAAGAGGGAAAUAUCGGAAGGUUCAUCAAUAGCAGUGGUAGCCCUAACCUCUUCGUACAGAAUGUCUUCGUCGACACACAUGACCCCAAGUUUCCGCUUCUGGCUUUCUUCACAAGCAGGACGGUGAAGGCGGGAACUGAGCUGACUUGGAACUCUUUUCCUCAUGAUGUCAAUGGCGACUGAGUUAGUUUGGAUGUCGUGCACCAUCUUACCUGAAUACAGGAGUAACAAAUGAUCUCAGAACUUUUCCAUGGCCAAGUUGGAGGGGUCAAGAGUGCCAAAGGAAAUACUAUUUUUAAAUAUGUUUUUUUUUGUUGUUGUUGUUCAUUUGUGUUUGAUACCGGACCCCUACCACUUUGAUAUUCCAGAACAUUAUCCAAUCAUGUUUUUUUUUUUUUUAAAAACACGGUGUGUCUGAUUGCGCCUAGAUAGGACAUUUCCAGAAUAAAGUGUCACCAUGACCCAA